GUUCCGGCCUUAUAAGGAUGGGGCCGGUGGACUGCCAUUGCCACCUCGCGGCGCCUGAGUUCCAAGAGGACACUGAAGAUGUAUUGGAAGAAGCAAAGCAGGCUAAAGUUUUAGCCCUGGUGGUAGUUGCUGAACAUUCAGGAGAGUUUGAAAGAAUUAUUCAGCUUUCAGAAAGGUAUCCAGGAUUUGUCUUUGCAUGUCUGGGUGUUCAUCCAGUUCAGAGAAUUCCAACAGGACAUGAGCGCAGUGUUACUUUAAAGGAUCUGGAUGAAGCGUUGCCACUCAUAGAACUCAAUAAGGACUCCUUGUUGGCCAUUGGAGAGGUUGGUCUGGAUUUCACUCCCAGGUUUGCCAGCACUGAUGAACAGAAAGAAGAGCAGAGACAAGUCUUGAUUAAACAGAUUCAGCUAGCAAAGCAACUUCAUCUGCCUUUAAAUGUCCACUCCCGCUCAGCUGGAAGGCCGACCAUUAACCUCUUAAAGGAGCAAGGUGCCGAAAGAGUGUUGCUCCAUGCGUUCGAUGGCAGGCCUUCGGUGGCCAUGGAAGGAGUGAAGGCUGGAUAUUUUUUCUCCAUUCCUCCUUCCAUUAUAAGGAGUGAACAGAAGCAGAAGCUUGUGAAACAGCUUCCUUUGGAAUGCAUUUGCUUAGAAACAGACUCUCCUGCACUAGGUCCUGAGAAACAGAUGAGAAAUGAACCAAAAAAUAUCUUCAUUGCUGCGGAAUACAUUGCUAAAAUUAAAGGAAUUUCAGUGGAAGAAGUUAUAGAUAUGACAACGCAGAAUGCCCUGAAACUCUUCCCGAAACUGAAAAGUUCUCUUCAGAAAUAGCUGAUGUGC